AUGGCUUUCCAAGCAGUCUCUCAGGGCCCCAGGCUGGACUGGUGGGCCCCCUUGGCCCCUAAAGGCACCCACCUGCCGCCUCCCCUCUAUAAGGCCUACCUGGGCCCUGCCCUGCUGGCUAGGGAGCAGGAGCCGUCGUGGGUAUCUGUGGUGUAUCUGUUGGCAGAAGGCUCGGCCAUGACCUGGGCACGCCGUGCAGCCCUGCUGCUGCUGCUGCUGGUGGCCGCCCUGGCGCUGGGCCGGCGGUCCCAACCCGAGGCUGCCCCUGGCCUCCAGCACAGCUAUGACUGUGGGACCAAGGGCAUGCAGCUGCUGGUGUUCCCCAGGCCAGGCCAGACUGUCCACUUCAAGGUGGUGGAUGAGUUUGGGAACCGAUUUGAGGUGAAUAACUGCUCUGUCUGCUACCACUGGGUCACCUCCGAGCCCCGGGAGCCUGCAGUCUUCUCGGCUGAUUACAAAGGCCGCCACAUGCAGCAGAAGGGUGGGCGUUUCCACCUGAGGAUGUUCGUGGAGAGCAUGCAGCCCGACCAUCAGGUGGAUGUGGCACAGGACACCGCUCUGACCUAUCCCAAACCUGACCCCACCUGGGUCCCGGACUCCUACCCGGCACCACCCACCGAGUUCUCACUCUCUGCCCCUAAUAGCUCUUUCUCCCCCUCCUCCGGCCACGCCCCGGGGCCCAGCCACGCCCUGCUCAGCCCUCUGGACAAAGAGCACAGCUCUAUCCACCCAAGCGCUUCCUCUUCCUCCUCCAGACUUGGGCCUGCCCACCCCACCCUGGCUCAACUCCUCGGGGGCACCUUGGGACCCUGGGAAGUGGACGAACCAGGUUCUUUAGGUACCCAUCUGACCCAGGAACAGUGCCGGGUGGCCUCCGGGCCCAUCCCCUGCAUCAUGAGUGGCCCAAAGGAGUCCUGUCAGCAGGCUGACUGCUGCUAUGACAACAUCAGAGAGGUUCCCUGCUAUUAUGGCAACACAGCUACCAUCCAGUGCUUGAGAAACGGCUCCUUCAUCCUGGUGGUGUCCCAAGAAAUGGCCUUGACACACCGGAUCACGCUGGCCAGCGUCCACCUGGCCUACACCCCCGCCAGCUGCCUCCCAACACGGCAAACGGAUGCAUCUGUGGUCUUCCACUUCCCUCCCACCCACUGUGGCACCACAGCACAGGUGAGAGCAAGGAGGGGACUGUGGGCUGGGGCCUGCUCAUUUAAUGAGAACCGGCUGGUGUCUGACAUCCACAUCCGAAAGGGGCCACGGGGCUCCAUCACACGGGACGGCACCUUCCAGCUCUAGAUCUGUUGCGUCUUCAACGCCAGUGACUUCCUGCCCUUGCAGGCAUCUGUCUGCCCACCCCCAAUGCCCGGCCCUGUGACCCAGCCCGGCCCCCUGUGGCCGGAGCUGUGGAUCACCAAGGACGAGACUUUCAGGUCCUGCUACGGACAGGGGGACUAUCCCAUCCUGAGGCUGCUCCAAGAACCGGUCCACAUGGAGGUCCGGCUUCUGCGGAGGACAGACCCUGGCCUGGUCCUGGUGCUGCACCAAUGCUGGGGCACUCCCAGUGCCAACCCCUUCCAGCAGUCCCAGUGGCCUGUCCUGUUGAAAGGGUGUCCUUUUGAGGGCGACAGCUACAGAACCCGAAGGGUGGCCCUGGACGGGGCGGCACUGCCCUUCCCAUCGCACUACCAGCGCUUCACCAUCACCACCUUUGCCCUCCUGGACUCGGGCUCCCAGAGGGCCCUCAGGGGGCCGAUAAGAAGCCCCUGUGUGUACUUCUUCUGCAGCGCCUCUGCCUGCCAGCGCUUGGGGCCGGAGAUGUGCGGCAUCGCCUGCAGCACCAGGACUGCCGGACGCCGACGAUCCUCGAGUCACUGCAGUGGCAGCCGGGCCCAGGACAUCAUGAGCGCUCCAGGGCCUGUGGGCUUUGAGGAUGCUUACGGGCAGGAGCCCACGCUGGGGCCUAUGGGCUCCAACAGGAACCCCAGCCCAAGGCCACUCCUCUGGGUGGUCCCGCUGCUGCUGACUGUUGCCCAGGUUCUAGGGGUUGGUGUCUUUGCAGCCCUGAGCCAGACUCGGGCCCAGAAUGGGCUCAAUAAACCAUGA